UGACUAUCUAUUUUAUCUAUUGAGAGAAGAAAAGGAAAAUGGAAUCAGCGAUCUUUGAAGAACAAAUAUAUGUAUUUUUAAUAGUUUGGUUCUGAACAGACAGCAGAUCUUUGUGAUUCUCAUUGUUGUUCGUUUUUGAAACGAUCGUUCAGAAAGUGAAAGUAAAGUCAAGAGUUCGAACGGUGAAAAUGGCUUCACGGAAUGUAUCUCCAGAAGAACUGUCUUGUCCUGUGUGCUGUGACAUCUUCAAGUCUCCUGUUCUUCUGUCGUGUGGUCACAGUUCCUGUGAAGAUUGUCUUCAACAAUUCUGGAGAAGCAAGGAAACUCGUGAGUGUCCAAUCUGCAGAAGAAGAUCCUCAAGAGAGAUUAUUCCUCCUAAUAUGGCGUUAAAUAACUUGUGUGAGUCGUUCCUGAAGGAGAGAGAUGAGAGGCUUUCAUCAGGAUCUGAGGAUAUCUGCAGUUUACACAGUGAGAAACUCAAACUCUUCUGUCUGGAGGACAAACUGCCAGUGUGUGUAGUGUGCAGAGAUUCAGAGAAACAUGCUAAUCAUACUUUCAGACCCAUCAGUGAAAUUGGUCCAGCAUAUAAGCCUAACAUUGCACCCAGACUCCUGUGGAACCAGUCAAUACAGAUACCGUCUUCGAAAGGCAUGGAUCCAGUGGGAGUGAACUCAAUAGAGACUGCAGCUCUGGGGAGACCCUUCCAGCUGGGGAUGCUGUAUGACUGCAGGAGAGAUGCUCUCGUACCAGGAAUCAGACUUUGGAGUGAAGAGCAGCUGAAGCAGAAACCCAAAAUCAAUACAGUUUUCACAGUCACCGCUUCAGACUCCAUUGAGGAAAAGUCUAGAUUGCUGAAUAUUGGCGGAUGUCUGAAACUGAGUGUUUUAGGAGGACUCAUCAAUCUAAGUGGAGCUGCUAAUUAUCUCAAGGACACCAAGAAAUCAUUCAGUCAACAGAGACUGACAUUACAUUAUCAUUCCACCAGUAAGUUUGAAGAACUGAUCAUAAACCACUUUGCUUCUGGAGACAUGGCUCACUAUGAAGAUGGCGUCGCCACACAUGUAGUGACCGCAGUGCUGUACGGAGCAGACGCAUGCUUUGUGUUUGAUAGAGAAGUUUCAUCAGAUGAGGACAAAAGAGUGAUAGCAGGAGAUGUAGAAGCUGUCUUUGGGAAGCUAAUCACCAUUUCAAACGGUGCAAACAUUAAUCUGAAUGACAAUCUGAAGACUGCAGCCCAAAAAUUCAAGUGUACAUUUCAUGGAGACUUCCAGCUACCACGUAACCCGACCACUUUUGAAGAUGCUAUGAAGGUUUUUGAAGAUCUUCCGAAACUGCUGGGAGAAAACAAAGAGCUUGCGGUUCCUCUGAGAGUUUGGCUUUAUCCUUUGGACAAACUUUUCUCAAGAGUUGUAAAGUUUCAGCAUGAAAUCAGCACAGGUUUAAGCUCAGACUUUGAAUCUGUAAUUGAGAGUUUGAGUACGACUGAGAUGAAAUGCAGUGAUCUUCUGACAGACACGCCAGCUUCAACAUUUACUGCAUUUCAUGACAAAAUCAAUGACAUGAAGAAAAACUGCUACCAGUGCAGAUUGAGUCUCAUGAAGAAACUUGGGAAUCUCUUACCGAAGAUCCGUGGAAAAUUCACAGAGGACACAGCCUUGAUCGAUCUUCUACGAGAUCAUGAGCAAUCUCCAUUUGAAGGAAGCGCUCUUGAACAAUGGCUGAAGGAGAAAGAGGAAGAAUCUGACAUUAUUAAAGCAUUGCUCACACAGCUGAACGACUCUGGAGCAACGGUAGAAAACAACCUCAAUAAACAUCUAAUGAAUCUGGAAGUUCAACAUUUGUUCAGCUACACUUUCACAUCAUUGAGCUGGACAGAUGAGCUGCUUUCUGAACAGAAGACCUUCCUGAGUUCUUCAACAAAAGAGAGAAAAGAAGAGAAACCCGAACACAAGACUUGGCUCACGACGGACAUCCAGAAGACUAUGAGGAACAACCUGAGCGUAUUUAAACACCUGAUUGAUUUAAACAACAGCAACUCAGUCAAAUUCAUUAUUGCAUCAAAAGAAAUGGAAAAUAUUCCAGGUUCCUGCAUUCUCCUGUAUGAAAAUGGAUCUAAUGAACCUUUUUGCUUCACUCCUCCAUCAAAACCAGACUGUCCAAUCAUUAAAGAUAUCAGAUAUAGACAAGUGGAUCUGAAAGUGUCUCCACCGGGUCCUGAUACAGAGGAACUCAAAUUACUGUACAAAAUGAAGGAAGAGAAAGACUGGACAUCUCAAACUGUGUCAAAGACCCAGAACACAGUUACUCUGACUGAUCUCAGACCAGAUACUGAGUACAAUAUUAAAUGUGCAGCGGUGGGAAAACUCAACUACACCGUAGAGAGUGAUGUGACGCGUCUCACAGUCAUAAACCAGAAUCUCAUCAAGACCAAAGAGUCUGCUAUCAACAAUCUAAGGUGGACUGAAGACAAGUGCUAUUUACUUUUGGAAAACAUCAAGGAAACCACUUUUAGUGCACUUCAUAAGAAAAUACAAGAUAUGCAGCAAAACUGCCAAACAUAUCGGGAAGAUUUCAGUGACCGGAUUAAAUCUGUGAUCCAGUCAGGUAAAGCGUGUGAGAAAGAGUCUUGUGCUCUGAAGGAUCUUCUUCAAGCUCAUGAUGAGUCUCCAUUCAGUGAAAAGAGUCUGAGAGAGUGGAUCACAGUGAAAGAUAAUGAAAUAAACACCGUUAAUGAGUUUCUUCGACAGUUAAUGGAGUUAGGAGUCGAAGUGAACACAAGCUUGGACUCGUAUUUGUCUGAUAUUCAGGUGGAGAAUGUGUUUUGUUACACUUUCAGUUCUCUUGAUCAGCCGGAUGAGUUUCUUAAUGAACAAGAAAAUUACAUGAAUAAUGAAAUAAUGGGAAAUCCACAGAAGAAACCUGAUGUGGCGUCUCAAUCGUGGCUCACUGGAAGCAUCCGGGAUAAAAUGAGGGAACAUUUGAACUUAUUUAAGGAGCUGAUGACGUCAUAUAGCAGUCGAAGCAGUAAAUUUAUGGUUUCUGUAAAACACCAUGAAAAGCAUCCAGGUUCCUGCAUUCUCCUGUAUAGAAAUGGAUAUAAUGAACCUGUUUGCUUCACUCCUCCAUCAAAACCAGACUGUCCAGUCAUUAAAGAUAUCAGAUAUAGACAAGUGGAUCUGAAAGUGUCUCCACCGGGUCCUGAUACAGAGGAGCUCAAAUUACUGUAUAAAAUGAAGGAAGAGAAAGACUGGACAUCUCAAACUGUGUCAAAGACCCAGAAUACAGUUACUCUGACUGAUCUCAGACCAGAUACUGAGUACAAUAUUAAAUGUGCAGCGGUGGGAAAACUCGACUACAUCACUGAAUCUGAUGUCACAACAGUGAUCAUAAAGAAUAAAAAUGAUCUCAUGAAGAAAAGCAUCCUAAUCAAAGAUGGAAAUCCUGCUCGAUAUCGUCUGCAAACAAAAACACACAAUAUGGAUCAAUCUGAACCAUACAGAAAAAUGACCUUUGGAGAGAGAGACAAAACCAAACCCCAUAAAACCAUUCUGCUGGUGGGAGAAACAGGAACAGGAAAAACAAAACUGAUCAACACGAUGAUCAACUACAUGUUGGGUGUUCAGAGAGAAGACGAGGUUUGGUUUGAGAUCACAGAUGAUCAGAGCAACCGAACAUCAGUUCACAGUCAGACCUCCAGUAUCACUGUUUAUGGGUUUUAUCUAAGAGAGAGUAAAACUGAUCUAACGAUCAUCGACACACCAGGAUAUGGAGACACUCGUGGAGUUGAUCUUGAUAAACAGAUCGCUGAGAGUUUGCUGAGUUUAAGUGAAUCUGCAGAAGGGAUUCAUGAAAUACACGCAGUGUGUCUGGUGAUUAAAGCAACACAGAAUCGACUCUCUGACAGACAGAUAUACAUAUUUGAUUCUGUUCAGUCUUUAUUUGGGAGAGAUAUUGCUGAAAAUAUCAUCUUGCUCUUCACACACUCAGAUGGAUAUCGACCUAAAGAUGCUCUGACGGCUGUUAAAGAGGCUGAAAUCAAGUGUGCCGUGAAUGACAAGAAUCAGCCGGUGUAUUUUCUGUUAAAUAACCGUCAGUCAGAAGCUGCUGAUGAAGAAGAUGAUGAAGAAGAUCAUAAACAGAGGCUGGAUCAAUCAUGGGAUCUCAGUUUUAGAGGAAUGGCAGGAUUGUUCAAGUUUCCUGACAACAUAAACCCAAAGCCUGUGAAGAUGACUCGAGAUGUGUUGCGGAAAAGGAAGCAGUUAGAGGCAAAUAUCUCUAAUCUACAGUUACGAGUUCACAUGACAGAACUAAAGCAGAAUGAGCUGAAACAAACUCAAGAAGCUCUGGAGAAACACAAGAAAGUUGGAGAAGAAAAUAAGAACUUUGAGUAUGAAGUUGAAGUGCCCUAUAAAGAGAAGGUUGAUAUUGAUCUCUCUAUAGCCAGCAUGGCGAUGUGCUGCCGAGUCUGUAAGGAGAACUGUCAUUAUCCAGGAUGCUGGUGGGUCAGUGGCCUCUCAUGGUGUCAUGUGAUGAAAGAUGAUCACUGUACAGUGUGCACAAAUAAAUGCCACUACAAAGAACACGUCAAAGGAGGAAAAAUGUAUGAAACAAAGACAAAGCAAGAGAAGAGGACAUAUGAAGAAUUAAAGAAGAAAUAUGAUGAACAACUCGGUGACGGUGUGUCUCUGGUCCAGAAGUUGGAAGAAGAACUGCACGAACUAGAUAAAGAGAAAAUAAAUCUGGUGAAUGAAGCUUUUCACUGUGUGGAAAAAUUGGAGGAGAUCGCACUCAACACUGAUUCUGUGUUCACACUUCAGCACAUUGAUUCUCUGAUUGAGAAUCUGAAGGAAAUAAAUGAGCCUGAAAAAGCUGAAAAACUGGAAGACAUGAAGAAGAGAGCAGGAGAAGAAAAACAAGGAGCACUGGGAUACAUUACAACAUUUUAUAAAAAAUAAACACAAAUAAUGCCUCAUCUCAAAUGAUGCUGACACGUAUGUGUCUCUAUAACACGCAUUGUGCAUAGUAAUUUAUAAUCGAAAAUAAGUUUUUAUGUGCAUAUGAGACACAGUUUUUCACAUGCAUUUGAUACGCAGUUCAUUUACGUGUAAUACACACGCACCCCACACCACUAAUUCUACCCAAACAUAUAAUACACAUGCCCCACACCACUACUAAACCUACCGUAACCAACUAAUGCGUAUCAUAUGCACGUAAAAACUCACUUAAGCAUAAAAACGAAAAAUAGGAUCCCGAAAAAGUUUCUGCUUCGUUCAAAAGCAUGUCCUUCAUGUGAUGUUAAUCUAUAUUAUCAUUAAACGUAAUUGCAAUGUUAUAUGAAAGUAUACAGUAUGUAUGAGUAAUAGUAAAGUUUUUCUAUCAUCACACUUUGCAUUUAGUUUUUAUUUGUAAGUGGAUCUGAGUUAACUGCAUCUAAAUUUAACUAAUAUAAAAUAGUGAUUACUAUGAAUUCUGUAUAUUAAUUUAUACAGUAAGAUACUAUUGAAAAUACAGCCGUAAUACUGCAAAAGCAGUUUUCUGUAUAAUCACUGUCAUCUAGAGGCCAUUUGAGAAACUGUUGAAUAUCAUCCAACAGGUGAAAAAUAUGAUAUACAUUUAUAAUCUCUGCUUUACUAUAAAUGUGGAUGUGCUGUUCAUUGUAUGACUUUUUUAGACCUUGUGUUUAUUGCUUCAUGCUUCACUGAGAGAUCAGAGAUCACUCAUAUCAAUAAAUGUUUUUUA